CAAGGAUAAGAGGCGCAAGCGUCGCAACAUUGACGUCUUUAUCACAAUGUUAACCACAAUGAUAUUUUCAACCUCCAGUUCGAUGAAUAAAUAACACAGUCAUAAACAAUGUAAAAUUUAAUCCCACAUUCUCAAAUUAGCAGUAGCGGUACCUGCACGCUAUAGAAAUGCUGAAAAAGCACCUCAUGGGGUAUCGCAAAUACGUCUACGUUCUGUUCCUACUAAUCUUAUCCUUACUAUGCGUAUUCUAUCUUCAACCCCCGUUAAAAUCAAGCGCAGCUGUAGAGCUAGAUCAAUUAGAGUAUACAAUCAAAGCAGAUUUAAAGAAAUUCUUUCUAAAUUUAACCGCACAAAUAAACUCAACGGAAGACAGAGCCGAAAAUUAUCUGGUACGCAGUACAAAAUGUAAAAUACCAAGCUUGGAACCGUUCAACGCCGAAAUUCUACCGUAUUACAAUCCCAAAGGCUAUAUCAGCUGUAGUGAUAAACCGUUGCUCACGUACGUAAGUAAGAAGGCCAACGUCGCCACGCUUCACGUAAACCAAACCGCACAAAAGGAGUAUACCAGCGACAACCUUCAGUGUUGCUACAAGAGCGUUGCUUCAAGCCUAAGCUGGAAAACGUUUGAUCUCGUCGUUAAGGUCUCAAAGUGUAUCGACUUUUCAAACUUUGUUCGUCUGGAAGAUGACGUGGUGGUUGUGUGGUGUAGAAACACCCACAAGGACCAGGUUGUGUACAAAAACGUUCAUUACGUCGUCACCGUUACCGACGAGAUCAAGAAUAAGCUCGAAAAGACUGAAAACGACACUCAUCUAAGCGUUGUGCUCAUUGGAGUCGACAGUGUAUCACGUUUGAACAUGAUCCGUUCACUUCCCUACACCUACAACUAUCUCCAACAAAACGACUGGAUCGAAUUUAAAGGCUACAACAAAAUCGGCGACAACACCUUCCCGAACAUCAUGGGGAUACUCACGGGCAUGAACGUAUCAACCGCUUUCAAGAUUUGCAACCCCAAAGUAACCGGGCAGCUCGACAAAUGCGACCUACUCUGGUACGACUACAAGAAACUGGGCCUCGUUACCGCCUACGCUGAAGACGAAACCGAUAUCAGCACAUUCAAUUACCUCAAGAAGGGCUUCGAGCGAAAACCGACCGACUACUACUUCCGCCCCUACAUGUUAGCGGCCGAGAAAAACCUCAAAACCGUCGUACUGGAGGGGGUCAAAUACUGUACGGGUCCCGAAAGUGCCGGCGAACGAAUUAUGAAUUUGGCGCGCGAUUUCACGUCCACAUUUCGAAAGUACGCCAGCUUCGGAUUCUUCUGGAUGAACUCGUUCAGUCAUAACGAGAUUAAUUCCGUUUCGAGAAUGGACGUGAAGCUCGCCGAAUUUUUAGUAAGCCUUAAUCGUACGGGAGUUUUUGCCAAUAGUAUUGUAAUUUUUUUAAGCGACCACGGUAUCAGAUUUGGUACCGUGACGUAUACUCAUACAGGUUGGCUGGAGGAGAGGCUGCCGUUUUUCUAUAUGACUGUGCCAAAGUGGUUUCAGAACAAGUUUCCACGAAAGUAUAGUAACUUGGUGCUAAACUCGAAUAGGUUAAUAACGCCUUAUGAUUUAUACAUGACUUUGCAAGAAGUGCUGGUUUUAUCUGGGAAGAAGUAUUCGAUGAAGGCUAGCUCGGCAUGUCCCGAGUGUAAGUCACUUUUCGAAGCCGCCAAACGUGAUCGUUCUUGUGAAGAAGCCGGCAUUGAGAAUCACUGGUGCACUUGCAGGGGUUACACUUCCAUUCCUUCCAAUGGAGUGAUAGUCGAAAGAGCAGUUAAGUUUAUUCUUCGCGAAGUGCAGCGGAUGGCUAAUGACAGGGGUUGCGCGGAAUUCGAGGUGAAGAAUAUAAUAUCUUCUGGCGUAUCCGUUAACUGUGAUAUUAAAAAUAGAAGUAACUUAUAUUUUUUGAUAACCUUUGAGACGCACCCGCAGGCUGUGUUUCAAGGGACUGUUAGUAUUGGUGUUGACGUUCCCAUUUUUAAAAUGGAAGGUAGCGUUAGUAGAUUAGACGUCUAUAGCUUUAACAGUUGGUGCGUAACCGACGCCUUAGUGAAAAAGUAUUGUUAUUGUCAUGGAAGUUAUGCAUACAUAUCUAGUAUGAUCAACACCGUUGCCACACAUAUUUUACAAUUUUUCUAUUAAUUUAAGAUGGAACAGAGGCCUUUAAUGGAAAGUACCUAAUUUAUUAUGUGUCUUUUAACACAAAGAUUAACCAACCCCAAAUGAGCAGAUGAACUCAAGCAGACAAUAAUGGUAUGACCUCUGAUUUGCACAGAACAAUUUCCAGAGGCAACGCAACAACUACCAGGUAACAGAAAUAUGUAAAGAGUGGUCGCAAUCUGAUAGAGUAUUUCAAAAUUAAUAUAGGGUGUUCAAUUAUCGACAGUAUUUCAGUUCAGUUAGCUGGCUAAACAAAUUAGAAAUUCGAGCAUAUAGUGUGAAAUUGGGAUUCAUGUAACACCAAUUAGUCCUAUGUAUACUAGUCAACUUGAUUUGCCAAUAAUUGCCAAAAGUAUUGUUAAUUUCAGGGAAAAUAUAUUUUGAAAAUUUAA